CGCUCUUCCGGCCUCUACGAGCUGCGCGCGCUCACUGAGUCACGGUAUUCGCCACCUCGUGGUGAGGGCGUUCACCUGGGCCCCGUCAUCUCCAACCCUUUGGACGAAGCUCAGUCCAAGCCGGUUGCGGCGCAGAUGGCUCCCACGUGCUCCCAGCGUCCUGAGCGGCGGCCUCUGCUGAACCCCAGCACUGCCGACUACGGCUUCCGGCCUCGCUACCCCGCGGAGGCUUGUCGCCAGGCUCGCCAGGCGUUCCAGCAGUCUCUCGCGCUGCACACCAUUGGGCCCGUGGCCUGUACUCCGGAGGAGCUCUCACUGCGUACAUCUCUGCGAGAACGGCUCCUCACUCCACAAUCUACGACUGUCGCGGAGUAUCGCGAGAGGCUGCGGCUGCAAGCCCAGCAGAAGUCCGUGCCCGCCAUGCGGACGUACCCGGUGGUACUUAGCCCGGGGGAAGACUCAAUUGAGUACGAAGCUCAGUUCGAGUCUUGGGCCGAGCAUAGCCGAAAGCUCAGCUCCAUGGACGCUCUCCGAGCCAGCUUCAGUGAAGUGGAUGUUCGCAUUGAACGCGAGCUCCGCUUCGAUUUCGCGAAGGUCCGAGCCAAGCGCAGCCUCUCGGCACUCACCCAGCCGCAGACCCAGUUUAGCGCUGCGCGCUUCGCUCCUUCGAGCACUCCAGCCGCUCCUUCCCGCGAGGGAGUGAGCGCUGUGGCUCAGGGUCAGCCUCGGAGCAAUGUGGCUGACCCAGCAGCUCCCCAGCUUAUUGCCGGGAAGCGCGGGACGGCCGGCGUGCCGCCUUGA